AUGCCAUACAUCUAUGAAGACCCAAGACUCAAGCAACCUAAUUUCCCCAAUACUGCCAAAGGUAUCCACUCAUCUGGAAAAAGCUAUGAGGAGCUCAGACAAGAGUGUGUUAGGAAAGGAAUUCUGUUUGAAGAUGAAGAUUUCCCAGCGAACGAUUCUUCACUGUUCUACAGCGAGAAACCCAGCAUCCCCUUUGUAUGGAAAAGGCCUAAGGAAAUCGUUAAAGAUCCUGAGUUUAUUUUAGGUGAUGCUUCAAGGACAGAUGUCUGUCAAGGAGACCUUGGUGACUGCUGGUUUUUAGCUGCCAUUGCUUCUCUUACUCUCAAUGAGAAGGUACUACAUAGGGUGGUUCCACCUGAUCAGUCAUUUGGCGCUGGGUAUGGUGGCAUUUUUCAUUUUCAGUUUUGGCAACAUAAUGAGUGGGUUGAUGUUGUGAUUGAUGACAGACUACCUACCUUCAAAAAUCGUCUGGUAUUUCUUCACUCGGCUGACCUCAAUGAGUUUUGGAGUGCACUAAUGGAGAAAGCUUAUGCUAAGCUCAAUGGCAGUUAUGAAGCAUUAAAAGGCGGCAGUACCAUAGAAGCUAUGGAAGAUUUCACUGGAGGAGUUUCUGAAGUUUAUGAAAACAAAAAAUCACCUACAAAUUUUUUUGAAAUUAUGGAUAAAGCUCUGAAAAGAGGAUCAAUGUUGGGUUGUUCUAUUGAUAUUACAAGUUCUGCUGAAACAGAAGCUAAAACUCCUCAAGGACUUGUAAAAGGUCAUGCAUACUCCAUAACUGGCUUGGAUACGGUGAAUUAUAGAGGGCAAAUGGUACAGCUUAUUAGAGUGAGGAACCCUUGGGGGCAAGUUGAGUGGAAUGGACCAUGGAGUGACAAUGCUUCGGAAUGGAACUCUAUUGACCCAGUAGAAAGGAAACGCCUUUGUCAAACUUCUCUGGAUGAUGGUGAAUUCUGGAUGAAAUUUGAGGACUUCAAGAGAUACUUUGAUAAAGUUGAAAUUUGUAACCUGACACCCGAUGCUUUAGACGAUGACACAGAGCAUAAGUGGGAAGUGACAGUUCAUCAAGGAAGCUGGGUCAGAGGCUCUACUGCUGGUGGAUGCCGUAAUUUUCUAGACACUUUCUGGUCAAAUCCACAGAUAAAGCUGAGCCUUAAAGAAGAGGACGAUGGCCACAAUGAGUGCACGUUCAUUGCUGCUUUAAUGCAAAAAAAUAGACGCAAGUUGAAAAAAAGUGGAGCUGAUCUGUUAACAAUAGGAUAUACAAUUUACCAGUGUCCUCGAAAUGACUCUCAAAUGACUAAAGAGUUUUUCAAAUUUAAUGCUUCAAAAGCAAGAAGCAAAACAUACAUUAAUUUGAGAGAAGUGUCAGACAGAUUCAAGCUUCCCCCUGGGGAUUACAUGAUUGUACCUACCACUUUUGAACCUCACCAAGAAGCUGACUUUUGUUUGAGAGUAUUUUCAGAGAAGAAAGCAGACAUCAAAGAAAUUGAAGGAGACAUAAAUGUGGAUAUUCCAGAUCACCCAAAACCAAACCCUACACAUAAAGAGACAGAAGAAGAAAAACAAUUUCGCAGUCUGUUUGCACAAAUUGCUGGAGACGACAUGGAAGUGAGCCCACAAGAAUUGCAAUAUAUUUUGAAUUCAGUUCUGCAAAGAACAUCAUAA